AUGGUCAAACUCAAGGGCCCGGGAGCGAAACCCCCUUCGCCGCCGCAUGUUUCCGGUGAACUCUCCCACUUGGAGUUUGAGCUCCAGGUUCAUCGAGACGAGACCUCUGCUCGUCUGGACGAAAUGCAGGCGACUCUCCACGCCAAUUUCCAGGAUUCCAUGGCUUCCUCCUUUGCUAACUUCAAGUCGGUGCUCUUGGACGAGAUGCGUCAGCUACAGCUUGCACAGCAGGGUGGCACUGCUGUGCCUCAGCCGGAUGGCACGGUCCAAUUCGGUUCGAUUCCGUCACCGGUGCUUCAACAUAUAUCACCGCCGAUCUCGGACGCUACUUCUUCUGGAAUGGCCAGAUCUGAGGGUACUGCUCAUAACCCAGCUCUAAAUUUUCAUACUAAUGAUGUACUACUUGGAUUUGCUAGUGAAUCUACCACUAACACUGUUGGAUCUACUAAUCCUGUGAGCUCACACUCUGAUAUGCACAUGGUUAAGUUGGAUGAUAAGAUAAACCCUAAUGGUAAGCCAUCGGUGGAGGGCGCCAAGCCUCUUGAGGGUGGCGGUCUUGUGCCUCAGUUUGCAGGUCAUUCUAUGGGUUCCCAUGCCCAAUUCGGUGCUAUCCAGUACCCUAGUUUCGGCUCACAACCCUUUAACACCUGUUCUGGCACCUCCUAUGCCAAUAUGAGCCAACCAUUUUUUACCAACUCCCAUCACCCCAGUCCAUCACGGAUUGAUCAUGAUCCUUUCAUGAUGACUUAUUCCGGUCCUUACACAGCCACCAUGCUCACCAUGUCAGCAAGCACUGCCCCUACUACAUCAUCCCUUGCAGCAUCCCAGUACACUCAAGCCAAACAUGUUUCCCAGAGCACCAUGGCUAUUCCCACUUUCGCUACUGCAACCACAACUCACAUUGUUACUCCUCCCUAUGGCUCUCAGUUUACUAUGAAUCCUCCAUCAUCUCAACCAUACCCUUUCCACAUUUUCCCUCCAAACAUGUAUCACACCAUGCCUUACCUGACACCUUACCCAUCACAAAUGCCUCAUGUGGAUCCCAACCUCCCAACUAUGAAGCAGAUGCGGCUGGAAUUCAGUGUGUUUAGUGGAGGGGAUCCGGUUGAAUGGUUAAACAAGGCUGAACAGUACUUUGAGUUCUAUCAAAUUCCGGAGGAAAGAAAACUGUCAAUAGCUACCAUGCAUCUGUCCGACAAGGCCUCGGAUCGAUGGUAUAUGUUCCGGCACGAGUUUCCCCAUACUUGGCAAGGGUUGGCAGACCUACUCAUGAGGGAAUUUAGUGGAUACAAUCGGUCAGAGUAUCAGGCAGCUUUGGCAAGAAUGUCACAAACCGGCAGUAUGGAGAACUACAAGGAACAAUUCACCAAGUUAUCAAGGAGAGCCCCUGGCUUUCCUCCUGAGGUGUUACUAUCUUGCUUCAUAGGGGGACUCAAGGAGGACAUCCGGGUAGAUGUUCAAGCCCAAAAGCCUCGGACACUAUACGAGGCUUGUGAAUUAGCCCGAGUAUAUGAGACCAGGAAUGAAAGUCAUAGGCACUUUGCUAGGUCGUCUAACCAUCCCAGGCCUACUAGUGGUUUCCAUUCUACUACGCCGCCGAAAGUUCCAAACCAGGGUCAACGGUUUCAAAACCAUUCUACUGCAAGAACUAUGCAUGCUCCAACUCCUCAUGGGGGCAGACGGUUAUCCCAAGCUGAAUACCAAGAUCGGCGAGCCAAGAAUCAGUGCUUCUUUUGUGAAGAGCCCUAUAAACCAGGACAUAAUUGCCGGAAGGGCCAGUUGAUGAUUAUGGAGGUCACACAAGAUGAGGAGGACUUGUUGAGUGUAGAAGAGUCCCUCGAUCAAGAGGUCCCUCCAAUCACUGAUAUUGAGGAACCACUGAUCCGGUUACAUGUCAUAGGAGAUGGCAGCUCUAGUCCAGCGACAAUGCAAUUAAAAGGGCUGUUCAAUAACAAGAUUGUUCAUGUGCUCAUUGAUUCGGGAGCAACACACAACUUCAUUCAUCCACAGUUAUUGAAGAAUACGAAAGUACAAGUUCACCAACUUUCACCACUCAAUGUCAUCCUGGCAAGUGGUGCAAAGAUGAAAACCCGAGGUGAAGUCAACAUAGAGCUUCAAUUGCAGCAAUUCACAUUUGCAGACAAUUUUUAUGUUUUGCCUGUAACAGGUUGUGAAAUAGUGCUCGGAGCUGGCUGGUUACGAUCACUUGGGGACAUUUUAUGGAAUUUUGACUCAAUGAAGAUGCGAUUCUGUGUUCAGGGGAGUGAGUUUUUGUUGCAGGGUGAAACCAAGACCAAGGCUACUGUUAUAAGCUGUAAAGCCAUGACCAGAUUACUCCGUAAGGAGAAGGAAGCCAUGCUUGUCCAGUUGCAACCUGCUCUCAUGCACAAUGUUGUUGCAUGUCCCCAUCCUCGGCUACAAGCCUUGAUCAGUAAGUAUGAGGAUUUGUUCAAUGUCCCAACCACUUUACCACCUGCUCGGCCUCAAGAUCAUAAAAUCGAAUUGUUGCCUAACACUCCACCUGUUAGUGUGAGGCCUUACGGAUAUCCUCACUUUCAGAAGGCUGAAAUUGAAAAGAUUGUCCAAGAACUGUUGGACAAUGGUGUCAUCAAGCCAAGUGUGAGUCCCUUCUCCUCUCCUGUACUUUUGGUCAAGAAGAAAGACGGUACUUGGCGGAUGUGUGUGGAUUAUAGAUCACUUAAUUCUGUUACUGUUAAAGACAAGUACCCUAUUCCGAUGGUUGAUGAGCUCUUAGAUGAAGUUCACGGUUCUACUAUAUUCACCAAGCUGGACCUACGGUCAGGGUAUCAUCAAAUCAGAAUGGAUGCUGCAGCUGUGAGUAAAACUGCUUUUCGAACUCAUAAUGGCCAUUAUGAAUUCCUGGUUAUGCCAUUUGGGCUCACCAACGCCCCAUCCACUUUUCAGUCUGUGAUGAAUGAUGUGUUACGUGAUUAUCUGCGAAAGUUUGCUCUUGUAUUUUUUGACGAUAUUUUGGUGUAUAGCCCUACAUUGGAGUCCCAUCUGGAGCAUUUGGAGAAGGUCUUUCAAAAGCUUCAGCAGCAUUCCUUGCAGAUUAAGAAGAGCAAGUGCAGUUUUGGAGUUUCUUCUGUUGAAUAUCUGGGACAUAUCAUUAGUGCCUUAGGUGUUUCAGUGGAUCCUGCAAAGAUUGAAUGCAUCAGGACAUGGACCAAACCCAAAACAGUCAAGGGAUUAAGAGGCUUCUUGGGACUGGCUGGAUACUAUCGGAAGUAUGUACGCAACUUUGGCAUUAUAGCAAAACCACUUACUGACAUGUUGAAGUUGGGAGGAUUUCAAUGGACAGCAGCUUCUGAAACAGCGUUUGAAGCUCUUAAGGAGGCACUUAUGAAUACACCAGUGUUGGCUUUACCUGAUUUCACUAAAAAGUUUGUCAUAGAAUGCGAUGCUUCCGGUAUAGGGAUCGGAGCUAUUCUAUCUCAAGAAGGUCACCCUAUAGCCUAUUUGAGCAAGGCUUUAGCACCUCGACAUGUAGCUCUCUCAGUGUACGACAAGGAAAUGUUGGCCGUUGUCUACGCCGUACAACAGUGGAGACCUUAUCUAUUGGGCAGACAUUUCAGUAUUUACACUGAUCAUCGAACUAUUCAGUAUUUCUUGGAGCAGAAGAUAUCUACCCCUACUCAACAAAAGUGGCUGCUGAAACUUGCAGGAUAUGACUACUCCAUCCACUAUAAAGCUGGGAAAAAUAACUCUGCCCCGGAUGCCCUAUCUAGGAAGGAGGAAUUAAGCAACAGGGAGUCGGAACCCAUUUCCAAGUACGGCUCGCUGAACACAAGCACUGGUAUUUCUUCUCCUGUCCAUAGCUUUGUGAGUGAGAUCCAGGCUGCUUGUUUAGUGGAUCCGGAGGCGAGAGACAUUAUUCAACAGGUCACUCAAAAUGUUAAUGCUCUCCCCCAUUAUUCGAUCACCAACUCGCAGCUAAUGUACAAGGGUAAGAUCUUUGUUCCCACCCAUGACAACUGGAGGGAUAAGAUCCUAGCUGAAUUUCAUAAUGGUUUGAAUGGAGGGCAUGCUGGCCGGCAGAGAACGUUCAAAAGGAUUACUAGGUCCUUUGCUUGGCCGGGACUGCAUAAGGAUGUCAAGACCUUUGUGGCUUGCUGCCAUAUAUGUCAACAAAAUCACUAUGAAACCAUCAAUCCCCCAGGUCUAUUACAACCCAAUGUGAUCCCUGAGCAGGCUUGGACAAAUAUUUCUAUGGAUUUCAUUGAGGGUUUACCAAGCUCUGCAGGCAAGACAGUGAUUAUGGUGGUUAUCGACAGGUUCACUAAGUAUGCGCACUUCAUUGCAUUAAACCAUCCUUAUACAGCUGCCAUCGUAGUUCAACACUUCAUCACUGGAGUUUUCAAAUUACAUGGAAUGCCAAAAUCAAUUAUAUCCGACCGAGAUCCAGUGUUCUUAAGUGCUUUCUGGGAGGCAUUCUUUCAAGCUCAAGGUACCAGUCUCAAUAAGAGUUCAGCCUAUCAUCCACAAACAGAUGGACAGACGGAAAACCUCAAUCGAACUUUGGAGCAGUACUUGCGAUGUGUAGUUGGUGAGAAACCUCAUUCAUGGGUGACUGCACUACCUUGGGCUGAAUAUUGGUACAAUACUGCUCACCACUCGGCCAUUGGCAUGACUCCCUUCCAAGCGUUGUAUGGCUAUGAACCUCCUACCAUCACACUCUAUUCUCCAGGGUCAACCGCGGUAGAAGCAGUGGAUCAGCAAUUGCAAACAAGAGAUGAACUGCUGGCUGUGCUCAAGAGAAAUUUGCAAGUGGCUCAGGCUCGGAUGAAACAGUUCUACGAUAAGAAACAUACUGAACGGGUUUUUGCAGAAGGAGAUUGGGUAUAUCUCAAGUUACAACCCUAUAGACAACAAUCGGUGGAGAGAAGGUCUGUCCCUAAACUAGCUCCUCGUUACUAUGGACCCUAUCAGGUCGAAAAACGGAUUGGAUCAGUUGCAUACAAGUUGAAGCUGCCACCUUCUGCUCGAGUACACCCGGUGUUCCAUGUGUCUCUGUUAAAAAAGAAAAUUGGUGAUGCAGCUGUGGUUUCCGCUCACCUGCCCCCAAAUGUGGAUCCCCAUAACCCCAGAUGGUACCCCGCUGCAAUACUUGACCGAAGAAUGUUUAAAAAGGGGAAUGCUCCAGUUACCAAGUGGCUCAUCCAGUGGUUAGGGUCAUCAGUUGAGGAGGCAACGUGGGAGGAGGCUGAUGAGCUACUACAGCGUUUUCCAGAUUUCCAAGCUUGA